AAACAAAAUAGGUUAUAUCAAUAGAUUGCUCUCGUCUAAAUUGAUGGCCCCCUAAACUGAUCGGCUCUCAGCAGCAGCUCGCUGCUUCAGCUUCGUCUUCUCCGACUCCGACGAUAAGCGAUUUAUUGGGCUUUGGUCAUCUGGGCAAGAUUUACCUGAUUGUGAGCAAAAAAAAAAAACUGUUUAAAAGACAAGCAAUUGUAUCAAUAAUGGAUGAUGAAAUUGUUUUGAUUCCCCACGAUGAUGGUACAAAGCGGCGAUUACCCUUAUGGAUGAUAGGUGUAGCUGCUGCUGAUCGAGUAAGAAAUUCUAAAGAAGAAAAUGGAAAUGUAAUUAGCAAUGUAAAAGAAGGAAUUGUGUCUCGAAUUCUUCCGCCGAAGUCCAAACGGACUAGAAAGGGCGUUUCUCUGUCUAAGGAAGUGGACUCUUCUGUUCUUGUGAAAUGCGAGAGAAAGAAACGAGGAAGGAAAUUAAUUCGAGAAGAAGAUGAAGGUGGUGGUGAUGAUGAGGUCCCUGAAACUGCUGCUGAUAAGAAGACGAGCAACAGAGUUGGGAAUAAGGGUAGGAAAUCCUCUCGUGGGAAACGAGGAGUAGCAGAUGGUUUGAGCAGCGAGAGUAGUGAGGAAAUUGAAACACUAUCGCCGGAAGAAGAUGGAGUGUUGACUGUCGAUGAUUUAAUGAGCAUUGCGCAAGAGUAUAUCGCAACUGACAAACAUAUGGAGCAACAACAGUCAUUGCAUACAGAACAGGAUGCGGAAAGACGACUUUCAGCUAUUUCCUUUUCUGGGAAAGAGUCAGGAGGGCUUCCCAGUGCUCCUCAUAGCAGCUGGAAAUCACCUAGGCAUGAAGAAAUGGUGUCUGUUCAUAAUUCAGUUGGAACUUCUGCUGGUGAAGGAACCGUAGUCAUUCCGUGUAGUACUGGGGACCCAGCUCAAGACAUGCUGGAUCUGCUUUUGGGCCCCUUAUUGAAGAAGCCCGCAUGGGAGGGAAACAAGAUUGGAUUAAUCAAAGAGGACAUGACGUUUGCAGGUGAUAUCACAAAACAAAGGCAGAAUAACAUUGGUACGGAGGUAGUAGUCCCAUUGACAAAGAAGAAAAGCAGUCUCAAGGACAAAGUGGCAAUGUUUUUGGAUUGACUAAGACAAAGUGGCAGUCUCAAGGAAAAAUCCAUCUUGUUUAGUGGAUAUUUAUGACAUCUCAACCAGAGAUAAUGUUGGUGUAGGUAUGACUCACCCACUCUUUAUACAUCCUUAAUUCGUUUCUAGGUUGUGCAGUUUAGAGGGAUUAUGUUGGACAUAUUUAAGUAGAUGAUGGAAAAUGUAGAUGCAAGUGGAACAGUUAUUGCUCUGUGCUAUACAUAAACCAUCUUCAAGAAAGGAUCUUGUAAAAUUGGAACAAGCUAGGAAAAACUAUGAUAGUGGUGUUGCUACUUGUUUAA